UGAGAGAGGCUGACACUUAAUCAUGUCUGGACGUGGCAAGCAGGGCGGCAAGGCUCGCGCCAAGGCUAAGACUCGCUCUUCCCGCGCUGGGCUCCAGUUCCCCGUGGGUCGUGUCCACCGUCUGCUUCGCAAGGGGAACUAUGCCGAGCGGGUCGGGGCCGGCGCGCCGGUGUACCUGGCGGCGGUGCUGGAGUACCUGACAGCCGAGAUCCUGGAGCUGGCUGGUAACGCGGCCCGCGACAAUAAGAAGACGCGUAUCAUCCCGCGCCACCUGCAGCUGGCCAUCCGCAACGACGAGGAGCUCAACAAGCUGCUGGGUAAAGUGACCAUCGCGCAAGGCGGUGUCCUGCCCAACAUCCAGGCCGUGUUGCUGCCCAAGAAGACCGAGAGCCACCACAAGGCCAAGUAAGGAACAAAGUUUGGAAACUCUUAAAACAAAGGCUCUUUUCAGAGCCACUUCUAUAGUCAAAAAAGGUGACACUAUCUAUUGCAUAUUCAACUACUUGUAUCUUCAGUGUUGGCACUUAAAUAUUUGAGUUAACUCCUACCAUGCCUACACCUUUGGCCCGUUUCCAUAUGUUGUAUAUCCUUGGCAAGGAUUCUCAGCUAAGACAUUCAAGAAACUAAACUAGCAGAAGUAUACAGCUGCUUGGAAAUGAGGGUUACCUAGGCCCACAUAAAUGGAAAUAUGUUGUAGGUACAUAAAGUGACAAAUCUUGCUAUCUAAAAGUUCGAAGGGUCUUGGGCACAGUCGAGUAGUGGGUUCCAUUAAUGCAGAGGAACCCAUUGGGCUGUCAGGAUAGUAAGUCUUGUAUUUUUUAGCUUUAAAGAAUUUUUAAAUAUGCUUACUAUAAUACUGAAGUCAUAUAUACUCAAAUAGAAUUACAAUAUUACUACCUGACAUUGGUAUAUUUAUUUGUUUUCCUCAAUUGAGGGCAAAUUCCUCAUUCUAUUUCUCCAGCUUCUGUAAGAGGAGACAAUUAAUAGGUGCAUUAAUAGACAUAUGUUGGUUGCACUUUAAAAAAUUUUUUGCACUUAGCGGAAUUUGGGGGAAAAAAAUUGCUGACAAAAGCCUUAGCAAUCAUCCAAUUAAGAAUCUUUCAAACAUGCAUGCAUUAUAUAUGUAGCAUCCCAGUAAUCACGUGUAUGUGUUGAGCAAUACUGAAAAAUACAAAAAUACUUAACCGUAUUUUAUAUGUUCUGAUAUUUUUCUGUUCUACUCUAACAGUAGUUAACUCUGUUAUACCUGGAUAUAAAUGGAUAUGAUAUAAUACUUGUCUCAUAAAUAGUCUUAGGAUUAGCAUAUGACUUAAAUACUUGCUUAGAACACAGCCAGGUAAACAGAUGGCUAAGCACAGUAUUCCAAGCUUGGUGGUGGUGGUGGUUAAUAUUGAUGAUGAUGAUGACAAUGACAAACGUACUGUCUGCAGAGAAGGUAGAGCUGUUUUGAGAAUAGUGACAGAGAUCAAAGAUCCCGAAAUGUUCUCACUAUUUCUAAGUCUUUUAUUCCGGAAAAGACUAGAAUAUUUAUGCCACUUAUCAGUUUUGCCAUCUCAAUGAAUUCAGGUGCAACGAUUAUGUCUUCUAUUUCCUCUUUUAGUAAAUUCUAAUGUACUUAUGCAUUCAACUAAUAUUUAUUUAGCACUUUUGUCAUCCAUCAAACAUACAACAUUUAUGACACAGUGCCUGUCCCAAAGAAACUCAAUCUACUGGGGAGAAACACACAAAAGCAAGUAAUUAAAGAACAAGGUAGCAAGAGUAACCAUGGAAGAAAGCAGCAUAAGAGGAAGGUUAAGAUCUCUGGCAGGUAACAUCUGAUCUGAGUAUUAAAGGAAAUUGGGUAUUAUCAAGAAGAAUGAGGAUUCCAGCAGGAAAUGAAAGUCACCAAAAGACUCAUGGCUUAUAAUAUGUGCAGGGAUGACAACUCGUUCAAUACUGGCAAAAAGUCAAGGAAUUACAAGGGACAGGCAGGAAGGAGACAGAAGAUCUGUAGGUCACUCCCUUGGAUUUAAAUACUUUUUAUGUAAUAAUGAUUCCUAAAUCUUCAUCUCCACCCCAUAUUUAUCUCCUGAGUUCCAGACAUGCAAAUUUAUCUACCUUCUGAAAUUCUUACAGUUCUCCCAGGAAAUGCAAAAUACAUAUCCCAUGUUGAACCUAUCAUCAUCAUCACCAAUUCUGCUUCUCCAGUAAAUGGCAUCAUUGUCUACCCAUUAUCAUGAGCCAAUGUGACUAUAUCGUUGAAUAUUCAUUUUUGUGUGUUGUUUCUAUAGCAAAAUGCAAAUCCUUGAUGGGGGAGAUGAAACCAUACUGAGAGUCCAAAAAGAUCUGUAAGGUACCAGACUACCAUAGUUUGGAACACAGUGUUUUGAGAGACAGGACAUAUCCAUGUCCACAUAACAAGGGCUACCCACUACCCCUGAAUAAUUUUUCAUAUAAUCAGAACUGAAAGGUUAAUUUGACUGCAUACAUCCAGGAGAAGGUGCCCUACUCACGCAGCAGAAGUAUUGAUCAAUGCAGACAGGAUAAUCUGUGUGGGUCCUUUCUGACUUAAUAGCUUUUAGUUUCCCAGCCCAGAAAGAGGGAGAACAGUGCUUACACAGUCAAGAAUACCUAUCUGUUGAGCAACUGACCCUAGAUUGGAUCAGAAGGGGCCCCCCAAGUGGUUCUAGAAAGUACUCUUUCCCUCCAAAAUACUGUCUCUACCUCUACAGAAGGCAGAUUCCUGAGAAGGGACACUUAGUACUUUAUUUUGUUUAUGGUGUUGAUUCUAAUAGAAGGUAUUAGCACAUUAUUUUAAUUUUGUAUAAUAUAAGAAUCAUCCUAAAUUUCAUAUGUGGAAAUCCUGGGUCCCACUUCCCAUUA